AUGUUCAUAAUAAUUCCUCCAUAUGCUGGUGAUUUGAACCUUCUUUUGAAUGUCUGCUUUGGCAGCAGAAGAGGUAUGACAGUCUCAGGAUUCGUGCCACCAAAGUUGUCUCAAGAUCCUGAGGCAGAUGGCGUGAAUCAUCAGGCGCUGGAAAGCUCACAUACUGAUGACCAACAGCAUCUAAGUCCUGAUUGUAAUAGAGGCUGCAUAUCCCAAGAUGUUACCAUGUCUGAUGGAGAGAUUUCGAGUAAAGUCGACACUAUCAAGCAGAUAUUUGUGGAGUCUACAACAGAUUAUGGCAUUCUGCAGCUGGAAAGAGUGUAA